AUGGCCUCUCCGUCGUCGAACGGAAGCACAAACGGCACCGCCCCUUCCCAAGCGACUGGAACCUCUCUUCAGUCCGACCUGGCUUUCCUCCAGAACCUCCUCUCACAAGAGGCAGACGAGUCAGACCCGGCGGAUGUGGCAGAGUUGCUGAAGAGACUCGAGGCGGCCGAAGGGCUCGCGGGUGGUGUGGAAGAUAGGUUGGACGGUAUCAUGGAGAAAUUGGACAGGCUGCUCGGGGACCUGGAU